CAGCAACAUCAGCGGCGCCUGGCAGAGCCGCAGCCGCGACACCUGGCUUGGAACUGCGCCUAGGAGCACCGCAGGAAGAGCGGCCGCAUCCCCACGACGCCCGAACCCCCCUUGGCGGACGCAGAUUAACCACCAUGGGGAAAUUCCUGGUGACCUGCUGGAUAGCAGUUUUCCUUAUUCUGCUGCAAACUGAUGUCUCCCUUUCUAAAAAAGGAAAGGGCAAACCCGGUGGUGGCUGGAAUACCGGGAGCCAUCGGCAGCCCAGUGGCUAUCCACAGAACCCCGGUUAUCCACAAAACCCCGGUUAUCCACGCAACCCCGGUUAUCCACACAAUCCUGGUUAUCCACAAAACCCUGGUUACCCACACAACCCAGGUUAUCCCAGAAAUCCUGGCUACCCACAAAACCCUGGUUAUCCUGGAGGAGGCAGCUGGGGCAGUUACAACAGCAAGCCAUGGAAGCCUAAGCCACCCAAACCCAAUAUGAAACAUGUGGCAGGAGCAGCGCUGGGAGGAGCUGCAGUGGGAGCUGUCAGUGGCUACCUCUUAGGCAGCGCCAUGUCUAAUAUGAAUUUCCGUUUUAAUAACUACGAUGAACAACGGUAUUGGUAUGAAAACCGAAAUCGCUAUUCUGACCAAGUUUACUAUCCAAAGUACGAUCAGUCCAUGUCAAGAGAUGUCUUUGUGAGAGAAUGCGUCAACGUCACUGUGAAAGAGUUUAUUGAACCCACUGGAAACCAAACAGCAGAUGAGAUGGAAAGGAGGGUUGUGACCCGAGUGGUACACGAAAUGUGCACAGAGCAGUACCGGCUGGUGUCGGGCGUUGCUAUCCUUUUUGCUAACCCUUCCAUGCUUUUAAUCAUCACAUUUGUCAUUUUUUACCUGAUACCCUGAGGUGGCACUGAUGAAGCUUCCACCUGGUUGUUGAUCUCACUCAGAAGGAAUAAGAUUUAUAUAAAAGCAACAUUUUUGUGGAGAACAUCUUCUUGCUUAUGCACCUCUUUGAUGGGAGCAUCCGUAAGAGCUACUGUGUCUACUAAGUGUUAAUGAACAUACACACUGCCAAGCGUAAUACUCCUCUGAGAGCUGUCUUUGAUUCUGUAUCUAGUGGAACAAAAUAGCUUAUAAGGAAAGAGACCAAGGUGUAAUUUUGUUAGGGGAGUGAAUGGAUCAAAAUCCAUCCAUCGUCAGAGCUAAUUUAGCUUAAUUUAAAACAUAAUAAAGCUUCCUUUCCAAUCUAUCCCCAUUAUAUGGACUUCUUACUGAAGCAUUGCUAGCUUUGAGAGUAUUCAUUAUAAUACAGAAGGCAGAUUUCUAGAGAAUGAAAAUGUUUUCCCGUUCUUCAAUAGCAUCCCUGAGAAUGACUUCCAAUAUUACAUAAUACAGGGGUUAAAGAUUGACAGGAGGUCUACGGGUUCUCAUUUUUACACUUGCUCUUGCAGCAAAAUGUGCAAACUAAAGGUAUAAAUUGCCUGGAGAAACUGCCUCAGGGCAUAGAGCAGGGCAUUAAAUAAAUACUGUGUGAAGCCAUUCUAAUGCUCCUAUUUUUGUUUAAAUUCCAGACAGUCCUGUUAUCUUAACAGCAAAGAGAUAAAACAUGGUUGUAAUUUCAGGGAGCAAGGUGUCCUUCCACAAAGACAUGUCCUACACUUCUGGUUCCAUGCUUUAGCAAACAGGGCUGCACAUGGGGCUGCCGAUCUUGGUGGGCUCUAUGUAUGCGCAAUGGGACGAUCCAUUGGAAUCUUGGUGUGAAUGCAUUUUACCUGAGUUGUUGAGCAUGAUCUUUUCAUAGGCAGUGAACAACAGAGCCAGGGUCUUUACGCAGAGCUAUUCCCUACACGUAGCAGUGAACCAGAUUGUCUCAAAAGGUUGCACAGACAGCACUUCCUGUUGGUUGUGUGUCGUGGAAGUAGGCCACAAGAAGUUGUAUGUCACUUAUGCCAGAGAGAACUUGUAUGUCACUUAUGCCAGUGGUUACAAAAUCUCUUGUAUGCUUUUCAUGAAUAUGAAUGUAACUGAAAUAUUUUUUUUUAGUUGAAGAGAAAUUAUUACCAUAAUCAUGAAAAAAUAUUAUUAAAAUACUAACUAGCCAUAUAACCAUAGUAUCUAGAAUUUCAGAGGUCCCACAGAAAAGUCCUCUUGUUGGUACAGUAUCCGCACAUGAAAUACAUGCAUGGCCUAACUUUCCUUCUCUUUUCAUUAGGAAAGGUUCUAUUCCAUUCCCUACAAUUCACACGUCACUUACUGCCCAAUGAUUUUAUUAAUAGUUAUGUAUAUUCACAGAGACAUCUGGAUUACACCCGAAUUUACAAUAACAAUUAGUACACAGGAAUACAGAAUACAUGAAACUGCCUUAUAUUGAAAGGACAAUUAGAACAUAAGAAGAGCACUGCUGGACAGACCAGUGAUCCAUCAGCAUUCUGUCUUGCACAGUGACCUGUUACUCUGGAAGGCCAACAACAAAGCAUAGGAGCUGAAGGUGUCAGCUAGAAAUCUUUCUCACCACCUAAGCUGACUUCUUAAUUAGAGACACACCAAGGCUUGAACCUGAGACUUUCUGCAUUCCAAGUGCAUGGUCUACCACUGAGCCACGCCUCCUCCCAAGUUAACUUCUAUUAAAUCAAUGUAAAUAAUUGAUGAUGGUGCCCAGGUGAGCCUGACCUUGUCAGAUCUCAGAAACUAAGCAGGGUCGACCUUGGUUAGUAAGUGCAGGGGAGAUCUCUAGAAGACUAGGGUUGUAGAGGCAGGCAAUGGCAAACCACCUCUGUUAGUCUCUUGCCUUGAAAAUCCCACCAUAGCCCAUCAGCUAUGACUUGAGGGCACUCUCCACUACCAAUUGAUGAUGAGGCUUGGAACAGAGAACCCAGCUGAAUUUACUGGGAUUUGUUUUAUUGACCUCAUUGAGAUCUGGAUCAAAUUUUAAGAACCAACCAAACAUUCAACCAGAAUCAUUCCAAAGUUGGCCUAUAUGGGUAAGCUCGUUGUGUUAAUUGAUAGCACUUAUAUGUGAUUUGCCAGGAGUUUUGUGAAGCCAAGAACUCCAGGACGGGGUCUGAAUUAUUUGGAGAAUCAACAAUUGGGAUAACAUUGAUGCAGAAAUGGAAAUUCAAAACCUGAUCUUUUGUCCAUUUUGACUUGUAUAAUUGGGCAUAAAAUUUGACUGUUAGGAGGAGCAUAUUAACAGUCAAUAGAGUGUAUGCAAUUCAGCCGUCUAGCCAUAUUUAACCUUAAAAUGACAGUCAAAUGAAAGUCUACAAUUUGGAUUGUAUUAAUUCUGUCUAUUCUACCGCUAAUGGCCUGUUGUAUUUAUAAGUGGGUCCAUUCUUGCUAAUCUAUAUUUCAGUAGACUCACUGAUAACACUGUUUGUAUGAAAGUAGAGGUUUUUUUAAAGUGUAGUCUCAAUGUAAAGUUUGUACAGUUCUGCUUCUGAAUAUAGCUAACGUGCUGUAUCUUUUUGCAAAACUGGCUGACGGUUGCACAAAGCCAGUUUUAAAUAUUGCUGCUUUGAUGCCAUUGAAAGAGGUCUCUACUAGAUCAAUGAGAAAAAGCACAAGCAAAAAAAAAAUUAAGCGAUUUGUCCCAUGUGAUGAGAGCAUUUCGUAACUUUGUAAUUUUGCAUGUGCUUCAUUUUGGUUUUCAGAAGGCAUUUUUAAAAAUGUUUGUUAUUGGAUAUAAAUAAAUCACGCCAAAGGCU